AUGAAAUUUGGAAAGCUCAUCAAGCGCGUCGCGCCCCCGUCUCACCUGAAUCAGUAUGUCGCUUACGAUGUGCUCAAGAAGGCCAUUGUCGUCCUCCAGGAAGCGGAGAAAAAACGCACGGCCGAAGAGGCAUCUGCCGCUGGGGGCGGCGUAGCAAGCACGGACGAGAAGGAGGUUAGUGAAGCUUUCGGGAACUCCACCACGAGCGCAAGCGGACAGCCUCCCGAGUCCAGAUUCUACGAGCUGAUCAACCAUGAGAUGCAGAAGGUGAACAGACACUUCUCCUUGCAGCUUCGGUCCAUCGUGGACAAUCUCAAAGAAGCGCAGGCGGCCCUGUUCCAGCAUGUGAAGGCUGGAGGCGGAGGGGACAACCUGCCGGUGGCCGCCAAGUUCCUUCAGACGGCGGCAGACGUCUUGGUAGAGCUGGACAAUUACCGCAGCCUGAACAAGACAGCCUUCAGGCAAGAGGGGAGCCCUGCUACUCGUGGCCGUCAAUCGUCACACGUUUUUCAGAACCCACCUUCUCGAAUGCCCGGGUUUGACGACACAAUGAUCCACAUCCUGAAUCGUGAAUCCCAAAUCCCGAGCACGCUUUGCACACUUACGGAGUCACAUUUGCAAGUGGAGGACAAGGCAUCUUAG